CGAGACUUGGAUAACCGGGGAUAAUAACAUGGAAUACCCAUCGAGCUUGUUUUGAACUUUCAAUUCGUCAUAAUUGUUUUUUGGCCCUAUACGACGCAUCUGACGGUCUUGCGUAUCUCUUCACCCCAAAAUAAUAUCCAAAAAGCAUAGAUCCAUCCGAGUUAGGAAGUUCCCCCCUAAUAUCACGAUGCGAGGUAUUCAAGUCGAGCAAUAUGUCAAGGGUCCGCAAGAGCUCAAGGUCUCGGAUCUUCCUGAUCCUGUGCCCGGGCCGGAUGACUACCUGAUCGAAGUUCACGCCGCAGCCACAAACUUCUUUGACAUCCUCCAGAUCCAAGGGAAAUACCAAAACCAGCCUCCCUUGCCCUGGGUGUCCGGGGCCGAGUUUGCAGGAGUAGUGCUGGCCACGCCCGCAAACUCGUCCAAGCCCCAGUUCCCCGUCGGAUCGAGGGUCUUCGGGGCUAGCCAGGGGGCAUAUGCCGCCAAGGUGUUGGCAAAGGAGGCCACGAUACUGCCUGUCCCGCAGGGUUGGAGCUUCCAAGACGCCGCCGGGCUGUUUGUGACUGCCCCCACGAGCUACGGAGCUCUCGUGAACCGGGCGCAUGUGAAGGCCGGCGACUACGUCCUCGUCCACGCCGCGGCCGGCGGAGUAGGUCUGGCGGCCGUUCAGGUGGCCAAGGCGUUUGGUGCCACGGUGAUCGCCACCGCGGGCACUGAGCGGAAGCUAGAGGUGGCCAAGUCCUUUGGCGCCGACCACGUCAUCGACUACAGGGACGAGAAGUGGCCCAGCUUGGUCAAGCAGCUGACUCCCAAGGGCAGGGGGGUCGACAUUGUGUACGACCCCGUUGGCAUGGUGGACAAGAGCACCAAGUGCAUGGCGUGGAAUGGCAGGAUCCUCGUCGUUGGCUUCGCGGCGGGAAGCAUUGAGAAGGUGGCCAUGAACAAGGUCCUCCUGAAGAAUAUCAGCCUCGUGGGUAUCCACUGGGGGCAGUACGCGGUCCAUGAGGUGGAGACAGUGGUCGAGGUCUGGCAGGGCAUCAUGAAGCUGAUUGCCGAGGGCAAAUUCAGGAGCACCAUCUUUACUGACAAGGAAUUCGUGGGGCUGGAGAAGGUGCCAGAUGCGCUGCAGGCACUGGGUGGUCGGGAAACUUGGGGGAAGGUGGUUGUAAAGGUCCCUCAGCCGGGGCAGAGCAGGUUGUAGUUUGAGACUCGAAAUGUACUGUACCGCCCGAUUCUAUAGAUAUGGAGCUGGACUGCCCGGGGGCUCAAUUAUCAGCUGUGCCCAGCAUCGAGAGAUGGGCAGUUCUUUCCCGAGAUCUAGUUACCCCUGAUUUUACUGCCUAG